AUGUCCAUGUAUGUCUCCCCACCGUGGACUGACAGACACGGAAUGCAAUGAACGACCUGCCCAGAGAUGGAUGGACAAAAGAGCGGAAAUGCGUGCGUAGAUCUUCGUAGAUCUGUCCGCUGCCAUGCCUUCAGCCAUUCAUCCGAUGUGAAUUUUCUUCCCUCUAAGCUCGCAUGACCGAUCGCUCCCUGUGCCAAGGAUACCGUGCACAUGCAGCAUGCUUUGCUUUCCCAUUGGAAGUGUCUAUGAGGCCACCACCUUGCUCAUCUGGACAGCUCAUUGACCAUCGCUGACAUCGUAGGUACGCAGAUCUGGCGCAGCACAUGGUGAUUGCCAUCUGUGUGCUUAGCGAGUGAGCGACUGACUGACUGACUCGCCUACACACAAUCGAGUCGACAUGGCUGUCUGUCUGUGGAACGAAUUUGGAACGGUCAGGCGUGUGGCUGACGCCGUGUCGGGUGGCAACAAGAAUCAUCCCCUCUCAGUCCGGCGGCUCCGUCGCGUCCACUCGGCCGCCUACAACGCAGACCACCGCCCCGUCCGUCACCCAACCUACAGAUGGAUGCACCAGAGAAUGAAUGUUUGUGGGACAUCCGCCUACAUAUGUCUCCCUGUCUGCGUCUGUGUCUGUGUGUGCAGGGGGGCUGCACGCGCAACAUGAAGCAGCCGCUGGUGCAGGGGGGCAGCCGGGGUGUCAGGGGCGUCGCGAGCGUCCACCUCAGUGACGACGCAUUCUCGACGCUCAAGCCGUGCGGCGCCUGCAAGAAGCGCAAGAAAGGCGCAGACCCAGAGGGCCUUCACAUCAACUGCAGGUGGGUCGGUGGGUGGGGUGGGUGAGUCAGAGGAGGAGUCUCUCUCGCGCGCGUCGCGUGCUAUUUGCAUACGCGUGGGCCGGUGCGGGUGUGUAUGUGUGUAUGUGUGUGUGUGCGCUGCACGCGGGGUGCAGUGCCUUCAUCUGGCCCGCGAUUGCGACGCUAACAGGGACCAGACCGAACGUGACGUCGCCCAAAACACCAUCGGCGCACGUAAUAAGGAGGCCUGCUGAAUAUCUAUCAUUCAUUCACACGCCACACAUGCAUUCCUUCUUUCCCCCCUCCCCCUCCCUCUCUCUCUGUGACAAUUGUGCGUUCAGUGGUCCGGGCCUACACGAACGUUCGGUCGCGUGACGGGUCUGCCCGCAAGGGCGACAAGCAGCGGCGCUAAAGGCAGAACAAGAGCAGCACAUUGCAGCACAAGAGCCUCGCAACGGCCGCCGCGGCUGACCACAGACAAGGUCGGCCAACUCACCAAUACAGUCCGGACCGCGUAAGUGGGUCAGUACAGGGCUGACCCACUUACGCGUUUGACCCGCUUAUACGUACUACAGAGCUGACCCACUUGUUUUCCAGCGACUUUUGGAGUGAUAUUUCGCUGUGAAUGAAUCACAGGAACCUCUCAGAGGCCCAUUGACUCUUUUUUUCUCGCUCAAAGUCACUCAAA